CAGAUUUUCGGUUGUACAUGCACAAGAACUGCAACUGGGUUCUGGAAGGUUAUUACCAACUGGGUGAACGGAUUGCCGAUCACAAGACCAGAGAGCUUGACUACAAGGUGUGGACUAACGAGGGCAAGAUCUAGCGGUGAGAUGGACAUUGCUAUUAGGGCCUCCUUCUGGGUGGUUACGUUCGGAGGGCUUGGCUAUGCCAUGUUCAAACUGGCCAAACCUAAUGAAGAACUGCUGAAGAAGUAUGAUCAAGAAUCGAAGCACACUGACACAAGAAGAUUAGCUAAUCAAACCUUAGCUGUAUUGAAAGACGCGACAAAACAAGAUUCCGAGCUUAAGAGACUAAGCAGAAGAGAUGCACAAAGACUGGAAAAGCUUCACAAGGCACACAAGGCCAGAGAAGAAGUAGAUGCCUGUAACGAAAAUGAAGAAUAUUUCUCUGGAGCAUUCAAAAUAAAAUCAGAGUACAUUGAAGACUUGCUCUCCCAAGUACCCACAUUAGAAAUUAAAACUCUCCCAUCUCACUUUGACAAUAUUAAGAAAGAACUAAAUGAGCUACAAAAAUAUGUAAUCACAUCAGCUUUGUUCUUGAAGGAGUUUAACAUGCGCAAAUAUUUAGGAAUAGUUCAAAAUCUACAAACACAAUGCUAUGAGUUAGAAGACAGAUAUGUACCAAGAAAAAAAUUUGGUUUUACUAAAAAGAAGUUGCCUAGAUCGGAUAAUCAGAAGCAGAACUUGGCGGAUGAACAGGAUGGCGCAGGAAAGACAAACAGCAAUAAAUGGGACGAAAAACUUUUUGGAUUUGAUCUAAAGGAAAAUGAAAUAUUGGCAUUGCAAAACGAUGAACUAUUUCAAAGGGAUGUGACAUUGCGCAAUCUGAAAAAUUGCACAGUUAGUUUAAAGGGUGUCAUGGGCACACUGCACAUGAAUAACCUGGAUAACUGCGUUAUUCUUUCGGGUCCCGUAACUUCCUCCGUUUUUUUAGAAAAAUGUACAAACUGCAAGAUUGUUGUGGCAUGCCAGCAGCUGAGAAUGCACACCUCAACAAAAUGUGACAUCUAUUUGCAUGUGACAAGUAAAGGUAUUGUAGAAGACUGCACAGAGAUUAGGACAGCACCAUAUAACUUGAAGUAUGAUGAUUUAGAGAAGCAUUUUAAUAUGUCAUUGUUAGACAAGAAGAGCAAUAAUUGGGACUGUCUCGAUGACUUCAACUGGCUCGCUCCUGAUAUUCCAUCCCCUAACUGGUCUAUUUUAGAUGUUUCUGAUCGAGUCAAUGAUUGGAGUGAAUACUGGUCAAAAACUCCUUGAAGACAAAUAAAGAAAAAAAUUGGCAUUCAAUUUAAUAUUUGUACUAAUCAGGACUCAAUCAAACAUUCCGAAUGGGAGUUGCAUUAAAGCUUCUACUCUAAAUAAAAUUCUAAUAAUUAAUAAUUUUAUUUAGGGAAGUAAUUCAGUGUCGCACGUUAUUCAACAUUUUAUUGAAUUAAUUUAUCCCUAAAAUACUUGUUAAACCUGUAGUUUGAUAUGGAAUAAUUCAUAAGAAAUAAUACUUAAAAUUGAAAAUUCUUGUUUAACUGCUUAGUUAAUCUACAUUAAUAUAGAUAGCAAUUGUUAGAUUGGAAAACAAUUUAUAUAAUAAAGCAUUUUGUCACA